UCAUUAUGACGACAUAUAUUCGUGUGAUGAUGCUAAGUACAGAACUUCGGAAUAAUAAGAUGUCUUCGCGAAAACGAAUAGAAAGAAAACAAUUAGCAUCACAAGCAUCGAGGGUCAACCGCGUGCCUUCAAAUUUCUUCACAGCUCUAGAUCAAUCGCAGAUAAGGCUGUUCAAAGAAGCAUUUAAUAUCAUAGACCAGGACAGAAAUGGCAUCAUCACUAGGGAUGAUCUUCGAGGCACUCUGAGUUCUCUUGGACAGAAGCCAACAUUCGAGGAAAUUGAUGACAUGAUGGAGGGCAAACCAUCCUUCAACUUCACCUCUUUUCUUUCCAUGUUUGGUCUGCGCAUGGCAAAUACCGACCCUGAAGAUAUCAUUCUUAGAGCGUUUAGUUGCCUAGACGACGGUGGAGAUGGGAAGCUGAGUGCAAAGAUGUUGAGAGAACUCCUCACAACCAUGGGGCAAAGAAUGAAAUACUCUGAUGUGACCCAGCUUUUUGAUGACGUAGGAGCUGAUCAAGAUGGAAACUUGGAUUACGUCAAGCUAGUGCGCCUGCUCAAAAAUGGCGCCAACGACCAGUCCGCCAGUCAUAUUGCAGGAAGCAUUUUGGCUCUGAGUGACACAGGCUCUGCCUCUAUUGUUAUUUCUCGGGAUUUAGAUUAGGAAAUUGUGCAUUGCUAUGCUACUGGCGAAAGAACUUAAUGAAUUUUUGUAUUAAAUUUACAAAAAUUGGUAUAAAA